CAGAAACAGUAUAACAUCCAAUAAACUACAAAAUGAAAGUUGAUGAUGUUGAACAAGAUUGGUUGUUUUAUCUUGCCCAACCAAAUAAAUUAUUGUCGGAUAUUGAGGGUUUAACUAUAUCACAUCAGUUGGAGUUGCUUAAACAAUCCUUAUCACAGGCUGAAAUAAGUGAAAGAAAAACUAGUCUCACUAAUUGUGAAAAUAAUUCAGUGGACAACUUCAUCGGAGAAAAUGAAACUACGAAUCCUGAUGACAUAUUUGUCGAGUCGUCUAGGUUAUUCAAAAAGUCAAAAGUUUUGGAUAUAAUGUCCUUACAGAUCGCUGCUAAUCUAAAAUUCAAUCUAAAUCUUUUUCGAGUCAUAUCAGAAAUGCCCAUCAAGCUUCUUGCACGUCUCUAUAGAGUGCUCGUCAUGAGUACUUCAAAAUUUUCAUCAGUUUUACAACCUCUGUUUGAAAAUGCGAUAAAUAAAGAAAAUAUUUUCAUUAUAAAUCCUUACGGAUACUAUAGAUGGUCUCAGUUAAAUCCUAUGACAAUUUAUGGUUUAAUGUCUUACCAUAUAUGGUGCCUUCAUGUAUCUCAUACAUCCAGUAUGCUGCCACAUCCCUUUCGAAAUCUUACUCCUAUUGUUUCUGGUUUAACUGAAAUUCCUGAGGUGGCGUUUUUUGCGGAUAAUCGCGUGGAAGUUGGCGUUGUUCUCACUCGCAUACAAGAGUCUGUAAAUCAGCUAAACGAAAUCAACAGUCUUUUGGAUGAUCUCAACAUAGCUAGACCUCUUCCUUCAGUGUUUUCAGCGCUGAAUUCCAUGUUUCCUACAGUUUUUGAACCAAAGAUUAAGUCUGCUCAGGAUGAUCAGAACCAUAACGGUCUAUCAGAUUUUGUUCUUAAUAACUCUAUACCUCUCUCUAAAAGCUAUCUUUCUGCAUCGCUUAACUUUGUACUCGGAAGGUAUGCCUUUCAGCAGCAACAGUUUACUCAGUCACAGAAACUUUUUCAAAUCGCUUAUGAUGAAAUGCAAGAUCAAAAGUUUGAAUAUUUAGAUGAAGCAGGAGUUACACCGAAAUUACUACAGGCUUAUUUAAGUGCUUGCAAAUCAUACACAUCUUCAGACUGUAUUGCAAACGAAUUUUCACUUUUCCAGUCUGACAAUCAAUUUUUAGAAACAUUUUGUCGUUUAUUAGAAGUAAAUACAUCAGAUUCUCAUCAUAAAGAUUCAAUCAAUAUAUUUUGGAUUCAACCAUUAGAUACAUCUAGUACACCAUCCGUCAAUAUGGAAUCUAAAGUUUGUAGUGGAUUACUUACUACCAUAGAAGAUCAUCUUUAUCAAGUUUUACUGAAUGUGGACCAAUUUUUCAUUGAUGAUUCAUCUAAUCCAUAUAUUCCAAUUAGUUUAGGAUUUACUGAUGAUACAAGCGAUACUGCACGAAAUAUGCCUUCUACAAAACAAUCAAAUGAUAAAAUGUCAAUUUUUAACGCAGUUCGUCAACUAUUCACUAAGGUACAUAUAUGUAAUACAGUUGACCGACUAAUGUUUGAAUCUAUAGAACUGCCACUUUCAUUAUCAACUGAAUUGUUAAUGAAUAUUCCGGAGAGAAAUUUUGAAAGUUCAACAAAAAAAGAACACAGGUCAUCGUCUUCAUUGUCUUCAUCAUCAUCAUUUUCUCCUCCAUUUAUCGAUGUAAUAAUUGGACGAGAAUUUCUGUUUGAUUGUUUAACUUCUAUAAUGGAAAAGCUGUCUACUAAAAAUCCGAAAUUAUCAUCUUCAUCUCAAUUUAUUGUUAUAUGUCAAUAUAAUUAUCAAGAUUUAUUAAAAACACUUGUAUCACAUAAAUUGAUGGAUUUCUUACCAGAAUCUUGCGGAAAAUAUAUCCAGUCUAUUUUCCAAGCAGUAAAUUCUGGAAGUUCGUCGGAAACGGAAGUAAACUCCAACCCUAUUUGUGCCUUUAUUCCUGACCUUCUUUCUGACCUACCUAAUCUAGAUAUUGAUCUUGAUUCGAACUUAUAUCAAAUUGAUUCGGAUGGCUUAAAUUCUCUGGGACUUGGAUUCUGGGCAGACUAUGAGGUAUAUCAAAAUACUGCAUCGUUCAGACAACAGAUACCUAGAGGCGGAUCCCCAUUUGGGAUUGUUGGUGAUGUGGAUAUGCGCAGCUUAGCUAAUCAGCAUCAGUCUCCAUCAACAUCAUUUCCUCAUAUGUCUAUUCCACAAUCCCGUGUAACUGGUGGACAUGGACCUUUUGUUCAUCAAUCACUUCAAACUUUUACUAGAGAAAACCCACUUGUAUGCGAUCUUCAAGUAAUACGUCAUCUUUUAAUAACAAGAAAUCCAACCGAUGUAAAUAUGUCGGUCGAUUAUCUAUUAAGGUCAGGUAUGACACCAAAUGGAAUUUUAGAAUUAAAUGGUUCGUGGCUCCCAUCUUUACAUUAUUUAGCUUCACUGGAGAUAGUCGGACCACAUCCUAUCAAUGAGAACAGUUCAACCAAUCCAAUCGAUUUAUUGUUAUCAUCAUCCGGAAAUAUUAUGUGGGGGAUUACAGUAUUAAUACAAUUGGCUAAAGGUUCAUCCAUAAUUCGUCAUGAAAUGUCACCAUUCACAGGAGCUAGGGCUUUUUUACUUGCUGCUUUAAAUAAUCUGGCGUCAAUUAAUCCUAUCGUUCCGCCUCCAUCGUCAUCAUCUGUUAAUCAUGUUACAACAACAUCCGGUCAUGUAGUUGGAAAACAGUCACGUCCGUGCGAUGCUUUUCCAUGGAUUCGUGCUGGUAUCAGACAUGAAUUAUUAUUGGUUGACUUACUGGAAUUCUUGAAUCCAUCUUCAUUUAAUAAUUUCGGUGGAAAUAAUAAUCAGUCACAUUCAAUUACAAAAUCAACUCUUCAUCCUGGACAAGUAUCAUUAAAUGAUCUAAUUAGACGAGUUAAAAUUUGUCUGUGUUAUGCUGCUGGUUUAUCAUCAAAUGCGAAUUCUUUAGAAACAAAAAUGGAAUCCAUGAACUUGAUUGCUUUGUCUAAGGAGUUAAUUGCUGCAGCCACUUGUUUCUUGUUAAUGGUCAAAGAAUGUGAUUUCUUGUAUCCUAUGUCAAUUCCAUCAAAAUCUAUUUCACUACCUUCCGGAAGUAUUUCAUUUUGUGUCGCAUGUGCUGGUUCCUUAGAUUUAAUUCGUAUUCUUUUACAUUUUCAUGAAGUAUUACACUCAUCAUCAUUGUCUCAUGAAAGUUCCAAUUCAACAACCACAUCAUCAUCAUCAACAACAACAACAAACUCUCAUGUAAAUUCAGAAAAACAAAAUUCUAGCCAUUCAAUCAAAAACAUUUUAAGCGCUACCGUUAAAUUUGGUAAUGCAGAUAGACUAAAAACUGUUAUAAAUGAAUUUUACGGAUUAAUUAUUCAUGGAUGCCUUGUCUCUGCAAAUAAUUCUGUAGAUACAAUAAAUAAUUUAGCAUUAUCUGGAUCGGAACAAUCCGUGCUACAACAACAACAACACCAACGUAGUUCUCGAAAUUACCAUCCAGAUACAUUAUCUAAUCGUUCUGGGAUCAGUUUGUCUAGUUUAUACAUUAUAGGUGAAAUGUUAACAACAAUAGAUGAAAUUUCACUUUUAAUGUCUACUGUUGGACUUAAAUUUCCAUUAGAUAAUAAACGUAUACUUUCUAAUUAUUCAUUUAUUGGAUUACAAUUAUUAGAUUAUUUAAUAAUUGGGUUUGCUCAAAUUACACAUCAAAUUUGUGGAAAAUUUAAUUUACAAAUUUUAGAACAAAUAAUUAAUUGUUUUAAUACAGUUAAUAAUGUAGAAAAUAUAAAAAAUAAUGAACAAGUGAAUGAAGAUGCAUUAACUACAACAAAAGGGACAACUACUACCAUCACCACCAGUGUUACUAAUACAUCUACUGAUUCACAGUCUACUACUAGAUUUCGAUCUUCUAGAUGGGAUAAACCAAAAGAUAAUUUAUCCACUACUAAAAAACAUAAUAAUAGUAAUAAACGAUAUCAUUCUGACAGUCAUGAAUGUGUGUCGUUUCUAGAUAAACAACUGUGGAUUUUAGACUUGGAAACGAAUUCUUCAAUCUGUGGGAAAUCGUUAUGUGAUCACCUGAAUUAUUUCUUAAAUUGGGGUUUAACUGCUCGACCUGAAAGAAUAGAUUGGCUUAUAUUACGUGGUGAAAUAGAAUUUUUCCGUUGUCACGGACGCAUUCUCAAAGAAUGUUUUAUCAGUCUUUUUACAAAAGAGUUGGUGUUUCGUAUGAUGUGUUGUCUUCAAUAUCUCGGAUUAUUUUAUGAAAGUGUUGUUCUUUCACAAUUCGGACCAUCCUCUGAUGAAUCUCUUGUGGAUAAUGUCAUUCAAAUUAUUAAUAGUCUAGGUGAAAAUUCUAAUGGUUGGCCAAUAACUCAAAUAGAUACUUUUAGUACUGCAGUAAUAAACCAACAAUCAUGUUCUUUUGAUAACAGUACUUCUGCGGAUUGUUUACGUGGAUCUUGUGGAGGUUCACUUCUUCAUACUACAUUAGAUUGUCCCGAUAGUUUAAUUCCUUAUUUAUGGAAUAUUCGUUUACUAUCAGCACUCGAAUGUUCUGCUUCAAAUCGUGGUGCCCUUUUACAGUCUACCAAGUUUAAAGCUCGAAUCAAUAAUCCUGAACUCAAUGCUAACAAUCCAGAUGAAAUAUUAUUGGAAAAUAGAUGUGCUUUAAAUCUUGAAUAUCUUCGUUAUUUGUCCAACGUUUAUUUGAUUUAA